UAUUCCCAACAAAAAUUGAUAUUCUAUUGGACUGUGCUUCCAACAUUUCCCUCUCUCUGUCUGUCACUCUUUCCUUUCAUUGUUGGCUCUCAGUCCUGAGCUCUAAGCUCUCCGCCUCGCUUGUCUAUCUCUUUCACUCCCCUGAAUGCAUCAGGCCACCAUAACCCUCAAUCUCAAAUCUCCAAUUCCCAACCAUGGACCCUUAUCCCCACACCUGAUCUCCCACCAAAACCCUAGCCUCAAGCUCUCCUUUUUCCCGCCAGUUUGUCGCGCACAUUCCAUCUUCAACCGUGCCAAUGGUGUCGAAAUCUCUGUCCCCAAACACGGUCCUAACUCCAACUCCAACUCCAGCUCCUUCAAGGGUUCCGUCCAAGACUGGACGUCGAGGAGCCCCGUACUUAAAAACGUUGACGUUGCCACUCUGGGCAAUCUCUGUGUGGAUAUCGUGCUCAAAGUUCCCAAAUUGCCUCCUGCCAAGUUGGAGGACCGCAAAGCUUACAUGGACCGGUUAGCUGCUUCUCCACCCGAUAAGCAAUACUGGGAAGCUGGUGGUAACUGUAAUAUGGCAAUAGCAGCGGCAAGACUGGGACUUAACUGCGUCACUAUUGGUCAUGUUGGUAAUGAAAUCUAUGGACGGUUUCUCUUGGACGUGCUUCUUGAUGAAGGAAUUGGAGUGGUUGGGAUGAGUGAAGAUACUGAUCUCGGUAACAAUUCUAAUGCAUCAUAUGAAACAUUGUUGUGCUGGGUUCUUGUGGAUCCAUUGCAUAGACAUGGUUUCUGUAGUCGAGCUGAUUUCAGUAAUGAACCCGCUUUUAAUUGGAUGACGAAACUGUCCGGAGAAGCAAAAAUGGGUAUAAAGCGGUCAAAGGUCCUAUUCUGUAAUGGUUAUGGCUUUGAUGAGCUCUACCCUGGUUUAAUAGUAUCGGCAGUAGAGUAUGCUGUUGAAGUUGGAACAGCAGUAUUCUUUGAUCCUGGGCCACGUGGAAAAAGUCUUUCUUCGGGCACGCCUGAAGAACAAAGAGCUUUAAAUCAUUUUUUAAAGAUGAGUGAUGUCCUUCUUUUAACAUCUGAUGAGGCCGAGUCACUGACUGGCAUAAGAAACCCAAUCUUAGCUGGGCAGCAGCUGCUUAGGCAAGGGAUGCGUGCAAAAUGGGUCAUUGUCAAAAUGGGUGUGAAGGGUUCAAUUCUAGUAACAAAGUCAAGUGUUUCUUGUGCACCUGCAUUCAAGGUUAAUGUGAUAGACACAGUUGGUUGUGGAGAUAGUUUUGUAGCUGCUAUAGCAUUUGGAUUUAUACAUGGCAUGCCAAUGGUUAGCACACUAGCAUUUGCAAACGCUGUUGGUGCCGCAACUGCCAUGGGUUGCGGUGCUGGUAGGAAUGUGGCAACACUUGACCAGGUUAUAAAACUUAUGAAGGCAUCAAAUCUUAACGAUGAUGGUGUAUUUUGGAAUGAAUUACUUGGUGAAGACUUGGGCACUCAAGAAUUUACCAUGCUGUCAAAGAUGGUCAUAAAGGGAAGCAAAAAUAGGCCAAAAUAUGUUUCUUUGCAAAGUGUGGUCUCAGAAUUGCUUCCUAAACUCGAAUCAGUACAGAUUGAGGGAACAGUGCCUUUCUGACAUACUGUAACUUUGAGUUAAUUGAUUUUCAUUGUGAUUUUUAAUUUCACUUUUCGCUCACACACACACACACACACACACACACACACACUAUCAAAUAGCUAGUUACUGUGAGUCUGCAAUAUCAAUUAGUUUUUAUCGGGAAAGCCGAAAGAAAAGAGGAAGUACAUUAGACGAGAACGGAUUUACGGAAGUACCCCUGUUAUUUUUUUGAUAAUGAUAUUACCCUUGCAGGUUUUUGGCCCUCAUUUUUCCAUUAAA